UGACAGCACAGGAACCAAAGUUUGGCUAGUAGCGGUAGCCGUAGCUGUAGCACAACAUCUCUGCUGCUUUUCCUAUCCUAAAUAAGAAGCUUCAGGAGGCACUUUAUCCUGUGUUUCAAUAAUUUUGGCGUUGGUAUGGAGUUGUAGGCUGAAUUUAUAAACGGAGUAUUGAGGAAUGGUCUGACUGCAGCAGCAAAUAUGCUUAGCCGUCUGCAGGAGUUAAAGAAGGAAGAGGAGACUCUUCUAAAAAUCAAAGUCAUGCUACAGGACCAACUGAACAGGUUAAAGUUUGAAGAGGGGGCCCUGAAGUCUAUUAUUAAUGCUCAAACAGAAGAAGGAACCUCUCAACGCUUAUCGCCCGAACCUGAGGUUGAGGUUAAUCUGGAUGAUGAAAGUGAGAUUAAUCGAACCAAACUCCUCUUGAAUGCUGCGGCAGAUUAUGAUAUGGAAGAAGAAGAAGAGGAGGAGGAUGAGGAGGAGGAGGAGGAAGAUGAGGAGGGGGAUGAGGAUGACAACGAACUCGGAUUUUUGCCUGAGGAGGAUGAGGAGGAAGAAGAUUACUGAGAUCCAUCAGUGUUAGUAUUUACACCACUGAAGAAGAACAUGAACAGAUGCCUGUUAUUUGUUCACCUGUUUUGUAUUAUCACUGAAGACGUUUUAUUUAUUUGGGUGGAGUAAGUAGCAGUGUCACAAUGUCCGGUGCUAGCAAUAUCUCCUCCUUUGCUGGAUUUAAGGCACGUCACCAGGAUUUCACACCAUGUUAGUCAUAUGUCAAACUUUGUGGGAAAUCUGCUGCUGAAAUGCUUUGAGGCAGUGUUAUGAGAAACUCAUGGCUUUCUAAACAUAUUGUGUAUUUUCGGAGAAUGAAAGCAUCAACCCACUUUGAGAAUUAGAAGGUCUGAUGUUGAGAUGUGUCUGUUGAUGAAAAUGUAUGGCUGGGCCAUAUAAGGAGAUAGUAUGUCUGUAUUAUGUAAGCACAAAAUAAAUGUUUUG